AUGUUUGUAGCAACCAUAGCAACCACGAAGGUCCCGAUGAUAUAUAAUCUCGAUUUUCAACCGGCGACACUCGUUGUACAUGUUGGUUUCUUGCCGACGUUGCUUUGGUUCUCUUUUCGUGCCGAGCCAGGGGAACCUAAACAUGCUGCAGGACAAGCACUUGCACAAGCUGCAGCCCAUGUAGGCGACCCCGAAGAUACAGAAGAUCCAGGAGAUCCUCGGGCUGCAGAAAUCGCAGACGUGCCUGAACAUUCUAGGGAAAUAAUCCCGGCAGGCUCCUGGUACCAGAAGUGGAAGAUACAGUUCACAGACUUCCCGAUCACAAGAAUCCUUGUGCCUAUUUACGGAAUUUUUGGCGUUGCGAACAUCAUAAUAGCGAAUAUGACUGAAGACUCAGCUGGGUUCUGGCCUAAAGCAACAGCAGUGUUACUCUCCAAUGGCACGAAUCACCUCCUCGCAGGCCCAUGCUUUGAAGAUCUGUCGGGAUUCGUAGGCUUGUGGUCGCCUUCACCGUCUCCAUAUAAUGGUAUUCGAGCUCUUAACUCUUUGUCGAUUUACUAUCCGCCUCCUGGGUCCUCGGCGGUAGAUGCUUUGCAGUCUAUUCCCGAGGCAGCUCUGAUUCCACUUCAUGUCGGAUCGGUGCUCAUUUGCUUCGUUAUAUUCAUCUUGUCGUUCAUCAGACUAAACUCGCUGGAGAAAAGGCUUCACAGAAUGUUUAGAACCACACCGCAAAACAAUCGCAUAGUUCACUACGUCGCCAUUCUUCCAUUCAUACUCCCUCUCAUCCUGGCAGUACUCCUCACAUUAUUCGUGACCAUCAAGUUCGAAAUAAAUGCCCAUAGAGUCAAAUUCCCAGAAAACGAACAGUAUACCGAAAUCGGGCAAUGGGGUCCUUACGUCGUCGGCAUUCUCGUGUUUGCCGCAACAUUAAUGGCGAGAAUGAGAGGCUGGGAUUUUGACACGAAAGGCACAGACGGUCAACAUCGUGGUUUCCGGUGGUUGUUUAUAGGGGAUGGGCUGAGGGGUAGCAGCACAGAUGAGAGCGAGGAAAGUUCUAGACUGAUGCAGUCAGAUCCAGAGCCCCCAAUUCAGCUGCAGGCACUGAAUCUAGGUACAAGUAGCUAAGCUCCGUAACCCACAACGGGGUGGGCGGAAAGGGCUACACUCCUCUCAGUCACCCAAGUCAAAUUGAACUUCUCUUCCACAUUGGGAGGACUUGGCGCAUUAAUAGCCUCCCCAACGCU